GCACGCUGUCAUUUGAGUACAACAUUCGGGGAGCAGCUUCAUAAUGGGGAACUCGAUCAGGAAAACUAAACUGAACACGGUGCAGGAUCUGAGGGAGUCCGGCUUCGGCCAGCCCAGUCCCAGGCACGGCCUCAAGCUGCUCUUCUGGUUGGCCAACGAGUGCGUGGAGUUGGACCGGCAGGACAACAUGGUGUCGGGCUGCGAGCCCAGGAGGGGGGACUUCGGUUUCCACCAUUUUGGCAACUUUGAGAAAAUCCUGCCCUCCCUGCUGCCCGGCGAGGGCCAGAAGUACUUCGUGGUGGGAAACCUGAACCCGGAGAAGCACCCAGGGGCCCAGGACCUGCCCGAUUACGUGAGAGAGGACUACGACCGGCCGCAGAUCUCUCACGCGUCCAACAAGGACCGCAUCAUCCUCGCACUGCUGCCCGGUAACGGCAUCAGUAAAAUCUACGUCACAGAGCACCUGGACCGUUCGCAGGGGUUUGACCGCAAACGCACUUUCCGCGUCACGGCCAGCUUGGUCAGCGACAUCAAAGACCCGGAGCUAGACCUGGCUGCGUUCCUGAGGCAGACCGGCUUCUACAGCGCCCCCUUCAGGCGAUACGCCAUCGUCCUGGGCUGCGUGAUCCUUCUGCUCUGUCUGAUUGCAGUCCUGUAUGUCAUUUUCACACAGCUUUAA